CUUAUCCCCACCUUUUCUCACUUAACCGAAUCGCGCGCGGCGAGAGGUUGUGCGGGUUGUGCCAGCUCAUGUUUCGUCCGUUCCGUGUCGUGUUUCUCGCGUCCUCGAGUACUUUGCAAUAAUACUUUUCCUUUGAGACAUGAAUGGAAUUAACGCUACGCAAACAUACCAGCCUUAACAACUGUUGCACAAGAACCAUAUUCGUAAAAUGUGUUAUCAAUAACAAGUGAUUUGUUUUUUGUUUUGUGUAGUGUUUGAAAAAGUUAAGUAAACAACCGGAUAUCAACAAGAUGGGUUCAAAAAUCGAGUACGUGGAUUCAUCACAUUUAUACGCGACCAACUAUGUCCGCAAUUCGAAAGCUAUCGGCGUGCUUUGGGCAAUAUUCACGAUUUGCUACGCGAUAAUAAGCGUUGUUGCUUUUGUGACACCUGAGUGGAUUGGUGAUCUAGAGACUGGAUAUCCAAGGAAGUUCGGCUUGUGGCAGAUUUGUAGUGCCGACGAUGCUUUAGAGGACUGUAAAGGCAGGCUCGAUGACUUCCUCUCGAUAAAUGGGCUCGUGUUCAAGAUUGCAACUGUGUUAGUGGGCAUAGCGGUCGCCCUGGCCCUGUUUACGAUCUGUGCAAUGUUGUUAUUCUUCUUUUGUCAAUCGACUACCGUGUUCCAUAUCUGCGGCUGGCUACAAAUACUAUCAGCUAUCAGCAUGGUGGCGGGCGUGGCGGUGUACCCGGCCGGCUGGAACGAGACCGCCGUGCAGGAGACCUGCGGCCCUACCGCGGAUCAGUACAAUAUAGGUCGAUGCCACGUUCGUUGGGCGUACUUACUGGCAGUGAUAGGCUGUUUGGACGGCAUCGUGCUGUCAGCUCUCGCCUUCAUCCUGGCGACCAGACACGUGAGGCUACAGCCCGACAGUGGGUACCCGCCACCUUCGUUAUACAAAGGUGAAGUCAACAAUGGCUACGUCACCGAUGCGACAUCUGUCUCCGGUUCGAGGAAGUCUCUCGCUCUCCAACCAGUACUAAUAAUGCAUCCACACGCAACUAUGGACAUGGAUACCUAUUCACACUACUCGGGAAGAACUGCGAGGUCCAAACACGGAAUUUAUGCUAACACCAUGCAUAAUUAUCAACUUUAAAACUUAAUAUUUUAGUUAGAAGUUUGAGUGCGUAGCAUAGUGCUGACAUCUAGUGGCUAGCAUGUGACGUUAUCACAUUGUUCAGUUACGAGCGUGUGCUGCCAUCUAUUGUAUGCGUGCGCUACCUAUUGUAUCUUUGGUUUGUACAACUUAUUUAGAAGUACUGCCACUCGCCACAAGAUGGCGGUGUUAUAAAUUAUUUCGGAGACAAAUACUAGCAAUAAGAUUUUUUAAUUAUUGUAAGAUAAUUUUGUAAGAGUGUAAAUAUCUUUAAAAGUGUACUUAAAUAUAUUUUUGAUAAUCUUUGUAAUUAUAUUUAAGGUAUUCCGCCCAUAGUUUAUGAAGAUAUCUUGUACUAAAAAGCUUGUAAUUAAUCUUUGAUGAUUGUUCAACAACGAUUUGCAACGAAUUAUGAUAAUGUGCCUUGUAGAAAGCGUAAUGUAAUGUUGUUAUUAAUUGAUAAAUAUAUUAGUUUCUUAAAA